AUGAAUGGUAAUGGUUGCGGGCUCCUGAUCCCCUUUCAUACUGACUGCUUUCAUUUUCUGUUUGUGUGGCAAGAUAUCACGGUGAAUAAGGUGAGACCCGUGAUACCUCGAUCCCAGUCCAUUCAAGAAGGUAGAGCAGAGAAUAACCUGACCGUAAAUCUGGACGUGCUGUAUGCCAAUACAAAUGAUACCACCAGCGUGACCGGUCAGGGCCUCUGGCAGACGGCCAUGUGGAUAAGCAGUAUGGAGGAUGGGUCGGUCAAGCUGCCGGGUACCUACGUGGGAAACGUCCUGACGGAAGGCCAGGAGUCCCUGGAUCUGAGAAAGCGAGGGUCCAUCUCCACAAACUUCUACAUCAACGACAUAAUUUACCCGGUGGACAUGUCGAACCUGACCUGUGAGGAGGCCCGCUACCUCUGUGCUAAAUUCAACAGGGGGGAGAACCCUCAGGUGGCAAAGUCGUUCCUGGCGUUUCACUUUGAGGCGAGGCCCUCCGAAGAUGUGCUGACUGGAUGCAGUCCCAUUGAAGAUUGCAAAGGUUGCUGCACAGAUCAACUUGAAAGCGGGGAAUCUACACCGCUCAGUGAACCGAAUGGUGUCCCACUGUUUCAGAUAGGUACAAGGGUGGUGCGUGGACCGGACUGGAAGUGGGGAGAUCAGGAUGGCUUCCCGCCUGGUAAAGGUACUAUCGUCGAUGAAUUAGAGACUGACGGUUGGAUCGCUGUACUAUGGGACGCAGGCGAAAGACACUUUUACCGAAUGGGAGCAGAAGGCAAGUACGACUUGAAGCUGAUUGAAGAUUCGCGUGUUCGUUUGGUGGAUGGUGUGGACGAGCUGAGCGGGCACGUGGAAAUCAACCACGACGGUACCUGGGGAACAGUGUGCGACGUGCGCUGGGAUAUGCGAGAUGCCAACGUCGUCUGCCGUCAGCUAGGAAGCUUCUUGAAGGCAGUGGAAAUCAAGAAGGGAUCCUUCUACGGGGAAAGUGAUCGGCCGAUCGUGCUGAGUCGAGUCAAGUGUAAAGGCACAGAGACUCGGCUUGCUGACUGCCCGUUUGUCAGCACCAGCAAUCAUCCCUGUGCAAGCUUACAAGUAGCAGGAGUGGUUUGCCGACCAAAACUCUAUUCUCUCCGGUUGGUUGGGGGAUCCGAUCGUUUGAGAGGCCACGUAGAGAUCUACCUCGGUGGCAUUUGGGGUACUCUCGGCGAUAACGACUGGGACAUCGAUGACGCCCGGGUCGUCUGUCGUCAGCUCGGGUUCUCCGGCGCGAGUCAGGCCAUGUCAGGUGCUCACCAGGGAGACGGUCCAGUCCACAUGGACGGCUUGGCGUGCGACGGCUCGGAGGAACGACUGGCCGACUGCCCGUCCUACUCCCGGAAGAAACCGGCACGGGUUCGUGCUGCGGAUGCAUGGGUUGUUUGUCGUGGUGAUUAGUGACAGCUAAUUAGAAGAGUUUGUUUUUAGUUUCACCCAACGUUGUAGGAGUAUCACGCUGGAACGCAAAGGACGUUGUUUGAACGAUUUCUGUUUAUUCUGGGCAAUGUACAGACGCUUCCGCUUGUCUACUAGAUCGGCAUAAUUAUUUCAUUAGCCGGCACUUUCCAUGUUACAUGCGAGAAAGGCCCUUGUGUUUGUAUGGCAUAAUUGCCUUCGUUUUGUUGAAUGAUAGAAAAGCUUAAAAUCAAUCAGAUGGAAAGGUUCUCAGCAAAAAAAAAAUGUAUUUUAGCGCUCCAAAAAGUUUUAACUGAUAACAUUCUCACCAAAUGAGCCAGUGGAAGCUGCCAAAAACCACCACUAACUGACUGCAAGUGCAGAUCAAGAACUUUUUAAUGUAAUUUUUCAAGACAACCAGCUUGCGUUUGCAAGAAUAAUGGACUACAGAGGGAUUUUACGUUAGCGCCGUCUGCGCAUAUCCGCAUCGAAACCGAGGCUCUCUGUGCUGAACUCGAUACAGUACUGCGAUGGUUGUGUAUCUGCAUGUAUAUUGCAUGUGUACCUGCAGAAACACGACCAAUAAUUGGCCUUGGACCACAUCAACUCUCAAGCCGCAUGUCGAGUCAUCCCGAAAGACUCUUCCACCAAAGUUUGCAGCCUGAAAAGUCUGAACUGAACAUAUCUUUAUGUCUUUUGUGUCUUGACUCCUUACUUUCAAUUGUCUGGUCGUAAUACGACUAAGAGUCAUGAGCCGUAUAGGCAUUAUGCACAGUGUCACGGUAUAUCUCGCCGCUUCGUUGAAGAUGUGCGUUUGAAGCUGACACCUACAGCCUCGUUUUCGAACGGGGAAGUGCGCAGAUCGAUGCUAAACGAGUCAUAUUAGGAUCCCUCUAUUUGAAUGGUGCCUUCCAAACGGCUCUAUGUUACCUUGCAGAAGGGCAUGCAAGAAUUUCCAAAUGGCAAUGCACUUCAUGUCCUUUUCAAGGGUGGUUAUCUUUGGAGGGAAAUCUCCAAACACCAUGCUUAACCCAUCAAAACUUCAACAGAAAUUAGAACAGGGGAAAAAAUCGAUGUUUGUCAUAAACACGCUGAGAAAGUCACUAUUAUUUCUACUAAUUUUGUUAAAUGUUUGUAUUUAAAUAUCGUUGUCCGUCCAACCCAAACCAAUCAAAACGAAAGAAAGUAAAAGUUACUUUAAUCCCUUUGUAGUUGUAACCCUGGAUGCUAGCUUCCUUCUUGUGCCCUUAUUCGAUUGCUCAUCAUGCAGAAAAUGAUUUAUAUCGCUUAUUUUCACCUUGUGUUACUGUAUCUUGUUUUAUAACUUGAUUGCUGUGAAUUUAUAUCGACUUUGCAUCAAAAACAUCGCCAUCUUUCAAUUUUUAUAAACAUGCAUAGAAUGUGAUACUGCAACUGCAUAUUGCAUGCAUAAGCUUUUAACGUUAUAUUUUGAACUUUGACAAAAGUAAAGUUUUCGAAUAAGUCACACCUGGAACAAUGGCUUUACCAGACACUGCAUACCAAAUCGAAUCUUAAUUGAAAGCGGCCCCGGGCACCAGAUUUUCUCCUUACAGAUACAUGCAUGUUUCCGAAAUUCUUGAAUAUACAACAUGUUUUGAUACCGUAGAGAGCGUUUUGAAAGGGCGGACUACUCGACAACCUUGGAAGGGUGUGUCUGUCUGGCGCAGAGGCGCUUUCAAAGAGGAUUGGGAUGAUCUUUGAACUGGUAAUUACAUUUGUUAUCCAUUGAGGUGCCUCAUGGUUAUUCAUGCCAAACUACUGACAAAGAUAGGCAGUUCCUUUUGAUUUAAUGCAAUAGGUACAUCGUUAAUCCUUUCUUUGCUCUGAAUAAAAUAAAGUGCAUGAAUUAUUGUUUUUCCAAUUA